UUUUUAGUUGGUUUUGUGUUAUACAGUUGGUUACUGCAAUGUGUCAGAUUUGAAUUUGAGGUGUUAAAAUGGCGCAAUUAAGUGAUAAAAUACGUGAAUAUGGAUUAAAUAGGGAUGUAAAGCAAUUGGAGAAACUUGUAAAUGAUACAGAUGUUACAGACCUUUUGAAUUUAGUUAAGAACAAAGUAAAAACUUUUAAUUUUAAUUACACAUGGAAUUAUCUACUACAAGGAUUAGCAGGAGCUAAUGAAGAAAAAAGAUUUAAACUGGCUUUAUGUCUUUUGAAUGAAAUCGAACAAAAUGAUAUUCCCUCCAAUUUGUCAAAUACACUUAUUAAUCGGUUGUGUAUGGAUAUAAACAAGUUUAAAUCAGAACAUUUAGCGGAACUUUGUAAUUUUUGUAAAAACUCCAUACAAUCAAAAAACACAUUGCAUAUGAGUUGGAAGGACCUACUUCCUGAAGUACUUAAUGUUUUGAUUGAAAGAGAACAUAUCGAACACAAUGAUAUUGAGUAUACUGGACCUGAAUUUAAAACAACUUUUAUUGAUACACUCUGUAUGACUGAUUGGUCACCAAAUAUUAUUACUUCACUAACAUCAAUGUUUAUAGAAAUGCCAUUAACCAAGGAUGAACAUCUAAAAGUUGUUAAUAAGUUAGGAAUGUAUAUUGAAAAAUUGACUCCCCUAGAAGUUCCAGCAUUUAUUCAUCAAAUAUUGAAAUUAUGUAAAAAUAACAGUAUUCGUUCAAUUUUUCUAAAGUUACAAAAUUAUUUUGGAGUCAGAAUUUAUGAACAGAACAUAGAUAGUGAUAAUAACUCUGAUAGUACUGUUUUGGAUGAAAUUGAGAGUUCUUCAAGUCAAGAUACUAUAGAAGCAGAAAGCACAGUUUUAUAUCACAUACAUACAUCUGCAUCACUAGGGCAUGAAUGCAUCCAAGAUUACAUUUCAUCUUUGAAAAACCUUCUUAAAUCACCUGAAUAUAUUUUACACCCAUUCCAGUUGACAUUGCUUUUUACUAUAGCGACAAUUUCACAUUAUGAAGACACUAUUUUUGAGUUAAUAAGACCUGCAAUUGUUAGAUGCUACCAGGAGGAGAUUAAGAAAAAUAAUUCCAGUUGGUAUAAAGAGAUGAUCCCCACCAAUUUUAAGGUUGAGGAUGUGUUUGGAAAAGUUAUACAUUUUAGUUUGACCAAUAGAGACCUGACUUUGCAAGCAAUGGUAAAUUUUGCCUUUGUUUUACUUAGAAUUGGAUCAGGUCUAGGAAGAGAUGCAAUGGCUGAGAGGCAGUGGAUUAUAGGAAAUAUGAUUUUGUUAAAAAUUAUUAAGAGAAAAAGGAAUAUUGCUCCAAAUAUAAUACAAAUGUUAAGCAAUAAUAUUGUGACUGGCCAUAAUGUAACACAAUACAUAGAGUGUCUGUACAUCCUAAGCAGAUCAUUUCCUCUUCUUAUGAUAGAAAAUCAAAGUUGUAUAGUUGAAAUGAUGGAAUCUUUAAGCCAGAUGCCUGGACCAGUUGCCAAUCAACUAUUAGAUGCUAUAACACCACUUACAAAAGUUUCACCAACUAUUAGAGAUCACUUAAUUAUUCUUUUAAGGAAAUCCCUUUAUUCUAGAAUUUUAGGAACAAGGCAAAUGGCAGUUUCAGGUUUUUUAAAGUUACUGUCAAUCAUGAAAAUCUCCAGUUUGGCCAUCCUAAGCCAAUCGACGAGUUCAACAGGUAGUUUCACGUCCGGACAUUCGUUGUUUACUCAACUGUCGUUGAAUAGGAGCUCUCAAAGCACUUUGAGUAGUUUCAGUAAUGAGGCCUUGUGUUUAGAGGUUUUGAGCAUUUUGAAACGAUGCUUUAUGCAACAGGCUGAAGUUAAGGCUAAGCUUUAUGAAGGUCUAUAUGAUACAGUGUGCACCAAUUUAGAAUUGGGCUUACCCGUUUUGGACGUAAUGUGCUUUCAUUUACAAGAAUUGUAUGUAACAGAUGAAGAACAGCUACCGCCCUUAAAAUUUGAUAAUAUCGUUGCUAUCAGAGAUGUUGAAGCUGUGUUGCAAGAACCCCUUGGAAAAUUAAUUUAUGCUUCCGGCCUAACUGUGUGCAAAAUGGCUGAAACCGAAGCUGACAAUCAAACAGUUAUUAACUAUCAAAAAAUGUUGGACUCACUAUGCAAAAGAAUGAUUCAGUGUGAACUGGUUCAUUUUGAUUUGGAUGACGGCACAGAUUUGUUGGACAUUCUGCCUGAAUGCCAGAAGAAAGGUUUGAUUUUAAAGGAAGCAUUAAACGUGUAUGAAGCGUUAAUUGGUUACAAAAUUUUAUCCUGGUGCAAGGAUUCAGAGAAUAUCGGACAAGAAAUUAACAAUUUAUUCCAGGGUUAUUCAAGAUUAUAUCAAUUCUCCAAGAAUUUAUUAAAACCAAAAAAAGACGCAAGAAAAAAGAAUCAAAACAACCGUGCCACGCAAAAUAAUACAGAUAUAAAUACACAAAGAAAAGAGCAAAAGGUUAAAAACAUUAAGAUGCCAGACAGUUUAUGGAGCAACAAAACGAUUGUUAGAGCUUUAGAAUUACUACAUGAAAAUGACGUUGAUUGGGUAGGCCCAGGAAAAGCCAACGUAAUAAAAACCAAACGUGAAUUUCAUCAACAUGUCAUGCAAGCCACAAUAAACAUUGUGCAAAACAUUAAACAUUUGAAAAAUAUCGACUCCAACGUUGAACAAAAGCACUACGAUACUUUAGUUGACAUAAGCGUUAUAAUUUAUAACAGAAUUAUAAAGCGAUUUAACGAAUUUAUCGAUUUUGAUUGUACUACAGCAGUUCUAGCACUAGAGUGCUUCCAAUAUAUUCUACAUCGGAUUACUACACAGUACAAAAGCAAUUUUAGGUCCUUUAUUAAAAAAAUCUGCAAACAAGAUGAACCUGGCGAAAAUACCAACCAUUUAAGGGAAAUUGUGCACAUUUAUCAAAAAUUAUUCGAAAUUGACGAGGAUGAAGCUUCCGGUGAUCCAGAAAUUAAAAAAUUAUCAAACUUUGCCAUCACUACUUUGGCUUUGUUGUCAAAUCAGAUAACAUAUAAAGACAAUCAUUUAAUAAUACAGUUUUAUGAAUGGUUAAAAAAUUUAGCUUAUAAUAACAACGUGUCACAUAAAGUCUCAAUCCCCUUUUCAAACUUGUUGUUUGAAGUUCAUGUAAAAAGUCGAGCAAGUCUAACAUUAAUGUUUAUUAUAUCAGUUUAUUUGGGAGAUGUAAUUGGUGUUAUUACUGAAGAAGAACAUGAUUCUGAAAAAUUGGAAUUUAUUAAUGAGGGGACUGUUCACAAUGUCUUCCUGAGCCUUUGUGCUUGCAUAAAAGGCCAGCUUGAAGAUAUAGAUUCAAUAAUAAAUAGACUUAAAUCUGAAUUUUAUAUGAUUACAUAUCCAGGACAAGAAAAUAUUGAAAGAAAGCGUGAUUAUUUGAAAAAUAAAGAAACAGGAGUGUGCUGCCAAUUAUGUUUUAUCGUUACAAUUUUAACUAAUUUGAGCAAUAUUUCUCUCCAACCUGGAAAUAUUACAGAAGCAAUAUUUAAAAAUCUUACCGCGCUGUUUUGUACUCUUACAUCCCUUACAAAAUAUUUUAUGAUGCGUUCCAGUAAAAGCAAUGCUGCUUUUCGAGGAGCAAGAUUUGAAAGACUAGUAAAACUAGCUGGAAAACAACUAGCCCCGGUGGUCUACACACUAAUCCUAUAUGUAGAAGAAACCCAAAAACAACAGGCAGAAAACACCCAAGGAAAAAAGAAAAGUGUAGACUCAUCCACAUUAAAAAGCAAAGUCCUAAGAGAAACCAGAAUGAUUCCCAAAGUAGUAUAUGAAAUGGAACAAUUCAGCAAAACUGUCACACAACUGUCCAACAAGACCAAAGUUGAUUUAACAAGGUAUGUUGGCCAGGGUAUUGUUAGGGACUUCAGGAUUUUAAAGUUGAAAGAAGUACUUGAGCGGGCUGAAACCAGCUUUGUUUCCACUCAACAAACUGAUAUAAACACCACAAAUCAAGAUGUUUCUAUGGCGUCAGCUUCCAGCGACCAAGAACAUGAUUCUGAGGGAGAAUCUUCUCCGCCUCCUUCAAAGAAAAAUAAAAAAUAAGUUACCCAAAUGUUUGUGAUAAAUUUAAUACGUUUUUAAUAAAAUAGUUAAAAUUUCA